CAUCUUCUUUCUUGAUCUUCCCAUUUCCUUCGUUUCUUCCUCACGAACUGCUUGAUUUCCCGUUUAAUUAUCCUUCCGGAAGCAAUGGAGAAAGCGAUCAACCGGCAGCGUGUCCUGCUUCACCACCUCAACCCUUCCGCUGCUCUGAACUGUGACUCUUCCAUCUCUGUUUCCGCUUGUUUAGCUGGUGAUAGCGCUGCGUACCAGAGGGCUUCUCUGUUUGGAGAUGAUGUGGUGAUAGUGGCUGCUUAUAGAACUGCCAUUUGCAAAUCUAAGCGAGGGGGCUUCAAGGAUACUUAUCCUGAUGAUUUACUUGCACCUGUUUUAAGAGCAUUGAUAGAGAAGACUAACCUGAAUCCAAGUGAAGUUGGAGAUAUUGUUGUGGGUACGGUAUUGGCACCAGGAUCUCAAAGAGCAAGGGAAUGUAGGAUGGCUGCAUUCUAUGCUGGUUUUCCUGAAACCGUGUCUGUCAGAACUGUUAACAGACAGUGUUCAUCUGGGCUUCAGGCAGUUGCUGAUGUAGCUGCUGCUAUUAAAGCAGGGUUUUAUGAAAUUGGUAUUGGGGCUGGGUUGGAAUCUAUGACCACUAAUCCGAUGGCUUGGGAGGGAUCAGUCAAUCCAAGAGUAGAAAGCAUGGAACAUGCACAGAAUUGCCUGCUUCCUAUGGGAAUUACUUCUGAGAAUGUUGCACAUCGUUUUAGUGUGACCAGGCAGGAGCAGGAUCAGGCUGCUGUUGAGUCUCACAGGAAAGCAGCUGCUGCUACUGCUUCUGGUAAAUUUAAGGAUGAAAUUAUACCUGUCAACACCAAGAUUGUUGACCCAAAAACUGGGGAUGAGAAACCUGUCACUAUUACUGUUGAUGAUGGGUUUCGUCCAAAUGCUUCAUUGUCAGAUCUGUCAAAGUUGAAGCCUGUGUUUAAGAAGGAUGGGAGCACUACUGCUGGAAAUUCUAGCCAAGUGAGUGAUGGAGCUGGGGCUGUUCUGCUUAUGAAGAGAAGUGUUGCCAUGCAAAAAGGGUUACCCAUCCUCGGUGUAUUUAGGACUUUUGCUGCAGUUGGUGUGGAUCCUGCCAUCAUGGGUGUUGGCCCAGCUGUUGCAAUACCAGCUGCAAUUAAAGCUGCAGGUCUAGAAAUUGAGGAUAUUGAUCUUUUUGAGAUAAAUGAGGCAUUUGCAUCUCAGUUUGUAUAUUGUCGUAAGAAGCUGGAUCUUGAUCCUGAGAAGAUCAAUGUCAAUGGAGGUGCAAUGGCAAUUGGGCAUCCUUUGGGUGCAACAGGUGCUCGCUGUGUUGCCACACUCUUGCAUGAGAUGAAGCGGCGUGGGAAAGAUUGCCGCUUUGGAGUGGUGUCAAUGUGCAUAGGCACAGGAAUGGGUGCAGCAGCUGUUUUUGAACGGGGUGACUGUGUUGAUGAGCUCUGCAAUGCUCGGAAAGUUGAAACCGACAAUCUCUUAUCCAAGCAUACUUGGUAGAAGAUAGAAGUUCCGGUAUCUUCCACAAUUCCCUAGCAACAUGAUAAACUGGGUUGAAAUUCUAAUAAAGGAUUUAUACUAUGUUAUCUGUUCUCAAUUUUUUGUCCUAUUUGUCCUGUUUAUCAUUUUUCAUAUCAAUAAACAAUUUCUCUAAAA